GGACAGAGGAAAGAGAUGAAUAGAAGGCACCAGAACCACCUACCAUGACCAAGUGCGCUGUAAAUGUAGGACAGAAACCGGAGUGGAAUACUAACGGAUCAGCCGGCGACUUCUUGAAGGGAAAAUCAUGUUUGGAUGUGCCUUAUCAUCUGAUUCCAGUAUUAUUUUUAAACACGGCAACACAUGCGACCAUGGGAGCACAGGAAAAGUAUUUUUCCUCGCAAACAUUUCUUGCAUUUUGAAACGGAAAAGAAGAGUGGCAGUAGAAUACAUCUCUGUGCCAUCCUCCUCCAAAUAUCAAUGGAAGGACUUGCAGACAGUAGCAGGGGAAUGAUGCUUUUGACGCUGGAUGUAUGCUGCAUUCAGGGAGAUUCGGCAGAAACAGCGGCUCUAGCAGAAGCAGCGAGUGCGGAGGGCCUGGGAAGCACCCAGCCCCACUAUCUCCUCCUUUUCCUCCCCCCCUGCAGGACCAUGCUUGCGUGAGGGAUGAGGCUGUGCACAGGGACACCAGGCCAGAGCUGCGGCCUACUUCUCACAAGAACCGGUCUCUCAACUGCAAGACCUGUGAACACAUUGCCACCAUCAAAUCAGCAUCUUUGGUCAUCAGGUAGAUCCAGGAGCAUGAGCAGGACUUUGAGCUGCGGGAGCAGAUGUCUGGGUAUAAGCGCAUGCGGCGGCAGCACCAGAAGCAGCUGAUCGCCCUGGAGAACAGGCUAAAGGCCGAGAUGGAUGAGCAUAGGCUCCGACUGCAGAAGGAAUUAGAAACACAUGCGAACAACACUUACAUUGAGCUGGAAAGACUGGCCAAGCGGCACACUGCUCAAACCGACAAAGAGAUUAAGUCCAUUGCAGCAGAAGAGAGGAGGAUCCAGCAACAGAUUGUUGCUCAGCAAAAGAAAGAGUUGACUACUUUCCUCGAGAACCAGAAGAAGGAGUACCGGCUCUGCCGAGACCAAAUCAAAGACGAGAUGAAUGAGGACCUUUACUCACCCAAGGAGGAGAAGCAGGAGCGUCUGUCCCGGCACAAAGAAACAAUGCAGCGCUCUCAGGCUGAGGAGGAAGCUCAUCUGCUGGCCCAGCAGAGGCUGGUCUACGACCGCAGCUGCAGGGCCCUCAAACGUCGGAGUCUGGUCAGGAAGCAUGAGUUUGAACAAGAGCAACUCAGAGAGGAGCUGAACAAGAAGAGGACCCAAAAAGAGAUGGAGCAUGCCCUGAUGAUCCGGCAGGACGAGUCUACCCAGGAUAUGGAGCGCAGGCAGCUGCACAUGCUGCAGAAGCUGCGCGUGGAACUCAUGCGGCUACAGCAUCAGACGGAGCUUGAGAACCAGGAGGAGUACAACAGCCGGCGGCAGAGAGAACUACACAGGAAACAUAGUCUGGAGAAGCGGCAGCAGCCCAGAAACCUUAAGGCACUGGAGAUGCAGAUCAAGAAACAGUUUCAGGACACUUGCAAGGUGCAGAACAAGCAGUACAAAGCUCUGAGGAACCAUCAACUGGAGGUCUCCCCCAAAGGCGACCAUAAGUGUAUCCUAAAAAGCCUGAAAGAGGAGCAGACCCGCAAACUGGCUAUUCUGGCUGAGCAAUACGAGCAGAGCAUCAACGAGAUGAUGGCGUCGCAAGCGAUGCGAUUAGAAGCGGAGCAGGAAGCCGAGUGCCAAGCGCUGAAGCAGCAGCUGAAGCAGGAGAUGGAGCUCCUGGACGCCUACCAGAGAAAAACCCAGUCACAGAUGGAGGCCCAACAUGAGCGAGAGCAGCAGAAACUCGAGCAGAAGGUCUCCAUACGCAGAGCGCACCUUGAACAGAAGAUUGAGGAGGAGUUGGCCGCACUUCAGAAGGAACGCAGUGAAAAGAUCAAGCACUUGUUGGAGCGUCAGGACCGUGAGAGUAACAGUUUUGACACAGAGAGCAGAAGUCUCGGCUUUGGAAGCCUGGAAUCUCUGGACUUCCCCAAAGAAGACAACAGAUGAAAGUGGAAUUAUCUCUAGAGGACAACAUAUCCGUGCCCUUUUCACGUCCACUCGACCGUUUGCCACGUCCGCGGCGACAAAAGCUGGAUAACCUUCUCUCUUUGCUUUUCUUCUAUCUUAGAUAUUGCAUCUUCGAAAUCGAGGUGUUUAACGUGCAAUGAGGACUUCUUUUGUGAAACUUGAAGGGGGAAAGUAAAACAAAAGAAUCAACAACAACAACAACAACAACAACAACAACAACAACAACAAUAUGUCAAUAAAAACCUAGUCAGUGUAACUCCAAACUUAUGUGUUAAAAAUAACAGACUCUUUUUUCCUCCAUGCCAUUUUUCUCUUUUUUGGUAUGAAAUGAAUAAAAUCAGGAAAUUUUAGUAAAAUGGGCACUUUGAUAUGUUUAAGUAGAAAACCCAUCAUGUUCAUAUGAUGCUAAAUGUGUGUGUUACAUGGAGGGACAUUGUGGAAUGUGAGCUGCGGACUUCCCCCGUGGCGUUAAGCUGCUUUGUCUUUUUUUUUUUUUCCAAAUACGUUGAUUUCGUUCUGUUCGGUUUAUUUUAUGCUCUGAAUGUGAAUAUUACUGUAUGGGGGUCACUGGAUAAAGUCAGAGUUUAUUCAUUUUUUUUUCUAAAUUUCCUUUCUUCAUAUUUCCAUAUUGUGCUUAUGCAUACAGUAUACUGUGGUCCCUCACUUACUUUUUUUUUUUUAGGCAACAGAUCUUUUUAAUUAUUAUUAUUAUUAUUAUUAUUAUUAUUAUUAUUAUUUGAUAUGUAGGAUCAAUUGGCAUCGGCUUGAUCAACCCGUUUAUCUUAACACAAUUCAAGAUCCCACUUGGUAAAAACUGCUUAUUAUUGCAUGCACUUUAAGGACAAAUUCAGGUUGUGAAGUGAAGCAUGAAUCUGUCAGAGAUUUUAGCUGUUUGUAAAUAAAAGUGGUCAUAGCAUUUUUAUUUUUAUUUUUUUGUUUAAAGCCUAUGGAUACUGGACAUAAGCUCCAUAUUUGAUGAUAAUUUCACAAAUGCCUUUAUUUAAGUUGUGCCUGAAGCAGACUUUAGUUCCGUGUUUGUUAUUUAUAUUUGAUUUACUGAGGCCGGCACCAUUUUUUUUUUUUUUUUUCAACUGUUUUUGGUUUCAUCUUAACUUGUGAAUCAUUUAAUGUUCACUAAUCAAAGUUCUUGUAAAGGAAAUGGUGCGAAUUGUGCUGUAUAACUUUUGAUAUCAAUAUUUGUACAUGAGAAUAUAGCUAGAACACAGAGACACUGGUCUAUUACUGAUAACAGAGCUUAAAUGUGAAAAAGAGUUUUGCUUCAUUUUUGUUUCAUGACAUACGAAUAUGGUCAAACAAUAGCUCAAUAUAUUGAUAAGUCACUCUCAGAUUGUAUAAAUGCUGGCGAAUGGAACCACAGACUUCUUUUAAUGUCAUCUGAUAACCUUUGAUUGAUCUGCGUAAAAACAAACCAAUGUGUGGAUCCAGUUUGCAUUUUAG